AUGGCCGAUCAUAUGAAAUUAUUUAAUUUUUUAAGUCAGCAAACAGAUAAAGGAGUUGUGAUAACUGAUGCUGAAGGAAUGUCAUCUCAUUCAUCAGCGAAUAAUAUUCAGGAUAAAGUUUGUGAAGUGGAAGAAAUCUGUCAAACAAAUUUGUCAAACGAUCACAAAAAAGAUAAUGAAAAAUAUUUGAAUAAGAAUCCAAUAACCUCGAAAUUUCACGAAGCAAUAAUUGAAAUCAAAGGGAUGACAUGUCAUUCAUGCGUAAAUAAUAUCGAGGAGACUAUUGGAAGAAACGACGGCAUAAAAUCAAUUUCCGUUUCACUUAAUAAAUCUCAGGGGCGAAUUGUAUAUGACACUUCUAAAUGGAACAUUCAGAUGGUUGUUGAAUUGGUUACUGAUAUGGGCUUUGACGCUCAACUGCUACAAACUCAGGAUUAUUCCGAAGAAAAGUUAACUGAUCAAUCUUCAUCAGUUUUACUUAAAAAUGAUGAUGGCAUGUGUAAAAGUGAGGAAUUCACGGUUAAAAUUGGAAAAAAAAGGGCGAAAUUUGGACCGACAAACGAUGAUUCCAUCGAGAAACGAACAUUUUCCGUGGAAGGAAUGACAUGUGCUUCAUGUGUUGCAUAUAUAGAACGGAAUAUUGGAAAAUUGAAGGGUGUGCAUUCUGUGGUCGUAGCUUUGAUGUCAUCAAAAGCGGAAGUGGUAUAUGAUUCAUUGGUAAUCGCUGCCGAACAUAUAGCUGAUGAAAUUAGUAUGCUUGGUUAUCGAGCUACGAUAAUCGAUGAUGGAUUUAGAAAUCAUUCUGUGUUAAAUUUGUUAAUUACUGGUUUAUCAUCAGGAACCUGUGCGCAACGAAUUGAAUCACAUGUCGUUGCAAGAAAAGGAGUUGAAUCAUGUUCUGUUUCAUUAGCUGCAUCCUCUGCAAAAAUUGAAUACACCCCUACAUUUAUAGGUCCACGUGAUAUUAUCAAAAUAAUUGAGGAUUUGGGAUAUUCAGCAACAAUUGCAUGUCACGAUGAACAAUUAAAAAGACUCGAUCAUUCAGCUGAAGUAGCAAAAUGGAGGACUUCACUGUUAGUAUCACUAUUGUUUGGAAUUCCGGUGAUGGGUGUGAUGGUUUAUUUUCAUUGGUUUCUCCAUACACCAAUGCAUCCUGAAGUGCAGACACCAGUAUUUACUCCUGCACUCAGUUUGGAUAAUCUCAUUUUAUUUGUUUUAUGUACACCUGUGCAGUUAUUUGGUGGGAAGUACUUUUAUUUGCAAAGCUGGAGAGCUAUGAAGCAUCGUUCAGCGAAUAUGGAUGUUUUAAUUGUGCUUGCGACGACUACGUCAUAUUUGUAUUCUGUAACAGUUAUUGUGACAGCUAUUAUUUUAAGGUGGCCAAGUAGUCCGAUGACAUUUUUCGAUGUAACACCAAUGCUUAUAACUUUUGUGUCGUUAGGUCGAUGGUUAGAGCAUAAAGCAAAGGGUAAAACAUCGGAAGCAUUAACUAAACUGAUGUCAUUGCAAGCGAAAGAAGCGGUAUUAGUUACUCGUGAUGAUGAUGGACGUAUUUUAUCUGAGGAAAAUAUUGAUGUCGAAUUAGUUCAAAGAGGUGAUCUAUUAAAGGUUGUUCCUGGUGCAAAAAUUCCAGCUGAUGGAAUUGUUGUAGAUGGUAAAAGUGCAUCAGAUGAAUCAUUUGUAACUGGAGAAUCGAUGCCUGUAGUCAAGAGAGAAGGUAGUACAGUAAUAGGUGGUUCAAUUAAUCAACAUGGGACACUCUUAAUACAGACAACUCAUGUUGGUCAAGAAACAACAUUAGCGCAAAUUGUGCGUUUGGUUGAGGAAGCGCAAACUUCUAAAGCGCCAAUACAGCAAACAGCUGAUCGAAUAGCCGGCUUUUUUGUACCAAUGGUAAUUGGUUUAGCAAUUUUAACACUUAUUGUCCGGAUUUUUGUUGGUUUCUAUAUUAUGGAUGCGGAAUACACUGAUAAAAGGACAAAUAUGGAAGUAAUACUGAAGCGAGCUUUUGAAGCAGCUAUUACAGUAUUAGCAAUAGCAUGUCCUUGUUCAUUAGGCUUAGCAACACCAACAGCAGUUAUGGUUGGCACAGGUAUCGGUGCUAUAAAUUGUAUACUUAUUAAAGGUGGUGAACCAUUAGAAAUGGCACAUAAGAUUACAACAGUUGUUAUGGAUAAGACUGGUACUGUAACCAAAGGUCAUCCACGAGUAGUAGUGAUUCAUACGUUAGUUUUGGAAAGUUCUUUAUCGUUACUGAAAUUGUUUGCAGCCGUUGGUUCAGCUGAAUCAAACAGUGAGCAUCCAAUUGCAAAUUCAAUUACUUCUUUUGUUAAAGAAUGGUUAAAUACGAAAGAAUGGGCUAGUGUACGACGAUUUCAUGCAUCAGCUGGAAAUGGAAUUGUUUGUGAAGUGCGAAAUAUCAAUAAUAUGUUAUUAAGUACAACAGAAAAGAAUGAACCCCAAAUUGAUUCGACAAUUAAAUUAAGCAAUGGUGAUGUCAAAUUAAUCAAAAAUGGACAUUACGAUAUUCAUGAACAUAUAUUUGAUGACAAGAAACCACUUCGAGUCGUAAUCGGUAACGAACGAUGGAUGACCAAAAAUGGAGUACCAGUUGAUGAAUAUGUUGAGAAUCUUAUUAAAAUGGAGCAAAUAGCUGGACAUAUAUCUGUUAUGUGUGCAAUAAAUGGUUAUCUUGUUGCGAUAAUAAGUAUAGCAGAUGUAGUGAAGGAUGAAAGUGCUCUUGCAGUUUGGGCUUUACAGCGUAUGAAUAUCAGAGUAAUACUUUUGACAGGUGAUAAUGCUCGUACUGCAGAAGCAACCGCUAGACAGGUUGGUAUCCGCGAAGUAUUUGCUGAAGUUUUGCCAAAUCAGAAGCGAAUUAAAAUUGAACAAUUGCAGGAAAUGAAAGAGCGGGUGGCUAUGGUUGGUGAUGGAAUAAAUGAUAGUCCAGCUUUAGCUAGUGCUGAUGUUGGCAUUGCUAUUGCAGCUGGUUCAGAUGUUGCAAUUGAAAGUGCUGGUAUUGUCUUAGUAAAAAAUGAUCUUAUUGAUGUGGUAGCAGCGAUUGAUUUGUCAAAAAGGACGACACGUCGUAUACAGCUUAAUUUUUUGUUUGCUAUAUUGUACAAUGUUAUUGGAAUUCCUAUUGCUGCCGGUGUUUUCAUGCCUUGGAAUUUUACAAUUCAACCAUGGAUGGCAGCAGCAGCAAUGGCUUUAUCAUCAGUUAGUGUUGUCGCUUCAUCCUUGCUACUAAAACUAUACAGGAAACCAACUCAGCAAAGUUUGGCUUGUGCAGAGUUUUAUAAGCAUCAAGCACGCUUAGCGAUGGGUGAUUGGCCGGUUGCUGUACAUCGUGGUUUGGAUGAUUUUGUAGUGAGACGAUCAUUAUCAAAACUAUCAUUCAGUUCAAUUAUUUCAACAAUAACAUCAAUGUUUGAUUCACAACAAAGUAUAAAUCGUAUUACACCACUCGAUAGAAAAUUUUUGCUUCAACGUAAACAAACCGCUGAUUCACUGGAUUCACCGAAUACUGCACUUAUUAUUUAA